CGGCCGUGGGUGAGUCACACGCCGGGCGGGGGAUGCGGCGCGGAGCUGAGUAGCGGAGGGAGCAGAGCCAUGGCCCCGCCGCUCGCCGUCCUCCGGCUGCUGCUGGGGCUGCUGCUGGGCCGCGGAGUCGGCGCGGGGCUGCGGGAGGAGCUGGCCCACGUCGAGCGGUACGAGACGACGGUGCCGUGGCGCGUACCGGUGCCCCGGGCAAAGAGGGAUCUCUCCGUGUCACCGAGCACCUACCUGGAACGUGUCCUCUACAGUGUCCGUGCUGAGGGCAGGGACUACCUGCUGCACCUGAAGAAGAACAGGGAGCUGCUGGGACAGCAUUACACUGAGACGCAUUAUCUGGCUGAUGGCACUGAGGUCACGGUGAAGCCAGACGUCCAGGACCACUGCUUUUACCAAGGCCAUGUUGAGGGGCAUGCCAACUCUGCAGCAAGCAUCAGCACCUGUAGUGGGCUCAGUGGCUUUUUCCGGGUGAAUGAGACCAUCUUCCUGCUGAAACCUCUGGAUGAGCAUGAGGAUGGCCAGCAUGCAGUGUACAGAGCAUCCCACCUGCGCAUGAAACGCAUUGCCUGCCUGGAGGCUGCAUUGGAGUAUGACCACGACCCCAAGAUUGCUGCACCCCUGAAGCUCUAUCGCUGGAAAUCAGCCCGCUUGCACAGAGGGCCUCGAUAUGUGGAGCUGGUCCUGGUUGUGGACAAUGAGGAGUUCAGGAAGUACAAGGACUUGCGCAGGGUGCAGAACCGCAUGAAGGAAAUCGUCAACCAUGUUGACAAGCUUUAUCAACCUCUUGGCUUGCGUGUGGCCUUGACUGGCUUAGAGGUGUGGAGCAACAGGGACAAAAUCACUGUCAGUCGCAAGGCAGAGGAGACACUGGAGAACUUCCUUCGCUGGCGGGAGACAGACCUACUGAAGAGGAAGCAGCACGACAAUGUCCAGCUGAUCACGGGUAUAGACUUCCAUGACACGACCGUAGGGCUGGCAAAGAAGCUUGCUAUGUGCACCAGGGACUCGGGCGGUGUCAAUCAGGACCACAGCAUGGAUCCUAUCGGUGCUGCAUCCACCAUGGCUCAUGAGAUGGGGCACAACCUGGGAAUGUCUCAUGACGAAGACAUUGCUGACUGCCACUGUCCUGUCAGCAAAGAGAGUGGAGGAUGUGUUAUGGCAGCUAAGAUCAGCUUGGCUUACCCCAGACUCUUCAGCACCUGCAGUGAGCAGGACAUGUGGCAGUUCCUUGAAGACCCCAAGACUGGCUGCUUGCUGAAUGUCCCUGGAGCAGACGAGCUGUAUGGGGAGCCAGUGUGCGGGAACCAGUUUGUAGAGCGGGGAGAGGAGUGUGACUGUGGCAGGCCAGAGGAGUGCUCUGACCGCUGCUGCAAUGCCACCACGUGCCAGCUGAGAGAGGGGGCUGAGUGUGCACGAGGCGACUGCUGCCAAGACUGCAAGGUGAAGGCUGCUGGUGUUCUGUGUCGGGCCAGCAAAAAUGACUGUGACCUUCCCGAGCACUGCACUGGCCUCAGCUCCGAGUGUCCAGAGGACGUCUUCCAGGAGAAUGGCAUCCCCUGCCAGGGUGGCCGCGGCUACUGCUACAAUGGGGCCUGCCCCUCGCAUGCAGAGCAGUGCCGCCUGCUCUGGGGCGCAGCUGCUCAGGUGGCUCCUGAUGAAUGCUUCAAGCACAACAGCAGGCAGGAUCGCAACCUUCACUGCAUGACAGAGUCUGGGAGGAAGCCCUGCAGCCCCAAGGAUGUGAAGUGUGGCACGCUGCUAUGCAUGAGUGACACCAGCAGCCCCGCCCUUGGCAGCGGCUUCUUCACACUCUCCUUUGGCCGCUUCAAGUGUAAAGCAGCCCUUGAUAGCAAUGAUGCCAAUGAGAUGACAGGCAGCCUCCAGCUGGUGCCCACUGGCACCAAGUGUGGAGAGGAGAUGGUCUGCUAUGCUGGGCGCUGCCAGAACCUCCUGGUCUAUGGCAACAAGAACUGCUCAGCUAAGUGCAGUGGCCAUGGGGUGUGCAAUCACAAACGAGAGUGCCACUGUGACCUGGGGUGGGCACCACCGUACUGCCAGCACAAAGUUUUGGAGCUCACGGCAGGUGGCAGCAGCACGGUCCUGGCAGCUGUGCUGGCUGUGCUGGUGCUGUCCAGUAUCCUGAUCGGUGGAGGCAUUGUGCUGCUCAGAGGCAAGGGGAAGAAGUACUUCCAGAAAGGGAAGGCACCCGGCCACACCAGCUGUCCCGCUGUGCCAUCGGCAGCCCCAGGCUGCUCAGUACUACGGCAGCCCCACACAAUGCCCGGCCCCUUGUGCCCAGCUGCCCUCUCCUGCAGUGGUGUCUUGCUUCCCAGUGCAGGACUCUGCCCCAAAGCCAGGCCGCUGUCACAUGCUCAGGUCCCUCCCUGGUAUGUGGAUGAGGGACUUAAGCCUUUCUUCUCCGGCCCUCAGGAGAAGCCGAAGCCACCCACCAAGCCUUUGCCAGCUCUGAAGACCAAGCAGGUAGCUACCACCUGCCCCAAGGUGCUGGUGCUGGGAGCGAGUUCUGGCUGGUGCCGCAUGGGCAGCCACCUCACUUCUCUCACCCCUUGCCACCCUUACCAGCCCUGCAAUAUGGCAGCAGGAGAACUGCUGCCCCCAGCUCCACCUGCCAAGCCCCUGGCACUUUCAUUCCAGCCAUGUGCCAUCCCAGUCCUGCCCCAGCGAGGACUCCCCCCCAAGGUGGCCCUGAAACCACCAGCAAGCAGGAGGUGAUGUAGGACAGCAAAGCUGUGGGUCCUGGCACUUCGGCAGGAUGGCAGGGGACCACAGAGCCACCGGUACUUGAAUUGCUCACCGGACACCCUGGACAGCACCCAUGUUUACAGACAUUUUUGUGCCUUAAUGGACUUGGUAGCUUUAUGGGUUGCCUAGACAGCCAUAAGCUUGGGGACCAGGUGAAGGGACACUACCAAAACCACUCUUCCCCAUAGGAAACCCCCAAAGUGAUGUCUUCUGCUUUCCUCUUUGCCCCACUCCCUAAGUCCCUCCUGAUGCCUGCUCCAACUUGGAGGCCAGCCCCGAGCCUUUACUGGGUGCCCUGUGCCCUGCUACAGUGAAGGUGGCCUGCUCCUCAUACCCUGUCCCUGCUGGGGCUGCAGCAAGGAGCUCCUGGCUCCAAGACAGGUGACACAAGGAUGCUGUGCUUGCCCUGCAUCAAGCUAGGCCUGGCUUCACAGCAGCAGUCCUCCUCAUCUGGUUCUUCACUCUGAAGUUAUCACUCAGACUCCUGCUCUCCUGAAAUAUGACUUUCCAGGAGCAUUUUACUACAGCCAGCAGUUAAUUUCUGAUUGUUGUGUGACUGUUUCGAGCCCCUUGCUGUGGAACUGGUCCUCCUCACUUUUUAUCUAAUGUAGGUCAAAUACUUUAUACAAAUAAAGACUGAA